UGCUACUUCACCUGCAUUUUCCCACCGUCAGAUUCCGUUCUCUUUCAAGUCUCAAGUUUUCUCACUUCUUUACAUCAUCUUCCUCUUUUUUUUUUUUGAAAUCCCCACCUUCCCAAUUCCCACCUUCUUCUUCACUACAUAUUGUCAUAUUCACAUCCCCAUAAAACCACCCAUCCACCAACUCCCCCAACAAAACAAACCCCAACAAAAAAAACCUCCAAAACAAAAAAUGGACAUACAAGUAAAACGCCAAUUAAUAAAAUCCCUAAUCUCAAACCUAAGUUCAGUAUCCGAUCAAACCCGAAUAACAGCCCUUUGCGAGCUACGAUUACUCACAAAAAACGACCCAGAAACCCGACCCAUCAUCGCCCAACAAGACGAAGGUGCAGCAAUCUCUCUCCUUUCAGAAACCCUUUACUCUCCUACACCACUAGCACAAGAAAACGCCGCCGCAACUCUCCUAAAUCUCUCUAUCUCUUGCAAAAACUCUCUCAUGUCGACACGUGGCGUCCUCGAUUCUCUCUCCUACGUGGUUUCCAACCACCGGUCCCACCCACCAGCCGCCGUACAAUCAGCAGCCGCCACGAUAUACAGUCUCUCCGUAGACGAGAAUCACCGCCCUAUUAUUGGUGGGAAGAGGGAUAUAGUGUAUUCUUUGAUUGAUUUGGUGGGCUUUAGGGAAAGCCCAUCUAGGUCAAUGAAAGAUGGGCUGAAAGCGCUAUUUGGGCUGGCUUUGUACCCGUUGAAUAGGGCCUUGAUGGUGGAGUUUGGGGUGGUGGAUGCGCUUUUUGGGGUGGUGGUUAGGGAUGGGAGAGUUGGGGUGGUGGAAGAUGCGACGGCUGUGAUUGCUCAGGUUGCGGAUUGUGAGGAGAGUGUGGAGGCGUUUAGGAGGGUUUUCGGGGUUCGGGUUUUGGUUGAUUUGUUAAGUCCGGAGACCGGUUCGAGCUCGAGGAUUCGAGAGAAUGCCGUUUCUGGGUUGUUGAAUUUGGUGAAGAUUGGUGGGGAGGAGGUUGCGGAGGAGAUUAGGGAGGUGGGUUUGGGGUUGGUUUUUGAUGGGUUGGGGGAAGUGGUUGAUAGUGGGAGUGAUAAAGGGAAGAAAAGAGCUCAAGCUUUGAUGAAGAUUCUUGAAAAUGGUAUGAGUUUGAGUCUUAAGGAUGCUAGUGAUUCGGGUUCCGAUUUGUAUUCCGGUCCAAUGUUGGAUUCUUCAAACUCGUUUUCAUAUUGAUUUUUGUGAUCAUGAUGUUUGAUGAAUGUAGAUACAGGAGUGUGACUUAGUUUUAGUUUUUCUUUAGAUUUUAGGUGAUAGUUGAUAGAUAGAGUAUUUAUACAUAUGAUUCUUGUUGUUGUUUUUGCUCAUGUUGAUGAGAAUUAGAGUGUACAAACAUUUGUCUCAUUGUAAAUUGAAUUUUAGCACUGUAAACUUGUCGGUAAUGCAAAUUCAGUAUUUGAUUCCUGUGCAUUUCUGGUAAUUUGAUUCCCGUGCAUUUCUGGUAUUUUGAUUCUCGUGCUUUUCUGGUAUCUGAUUCUUGUCCUUCUAUCGAGAAUUAUCAACUUGAAGAGAACUUUUUUUAGGUGUACUAGUACUAUUUUCUUGUGUGCCUGCCUGUUGUGGUCAAAACACAACUGCCUUGCUCAACUUUUUUAUGCAUCAUGGGCUGGUAAUGAAUCCCACUGCUGGCUGCUGCCUCAACUACCAAGUUUUCCGAAUCUGAAGGUGCUACGUAUGGCAUUGUGGUUUCUCUAUGUAUAGCUUUUAUAUUUAGUGUGAUAUUAUUAGUUUUGCUGCAAAAAAUUGAGGAUAAAGCUUGCUAGAUGAAUAUUCUCAAGAUUUUGUGAACAUAUUAUCCUGGAAAAUUGUGCUAAGUUCUCUUAUUCAGAUCCCGUCAUUACUAUGGGCUUGUUCUCCCCAGCUUAUUUUCAGUUCAAUUCAGUUCAGAUCAGUUCAGUUCAGACCAGUUCAGUUCAGACCAGUUCAGUUCAGCUCUUGACAAUACUUUUACUCUCACAUAUCACUAUUGAAUUCAGUUCAGUUCAAUUCAGUUCAGUUCAGUUCAGAUCAGUUCAAUUCAGUUCAGUUCAGUUCAGCUGUUUUAUGCCGAAGAGAACAGGCCCAUAUAUCUUUUGUUUCUCUGAAUGGUAACAUUCAAGACGUUUAAGGCCCAAAAUCCCCCCAUCCCUUCCUCCCUCCACUCUAAAGUUGUGUCCUUGACUCUAUUGUUGAGGAUUAUCUGCUACUGAUCUUUGUGCUGGUUGUACAGACAGAAAAAAAAAAAAAGAACAUUUCAAAGUAGAAAUGAGAUAUCUUAAGAUGAACUCAUCUUCAAGUUAUGCUAUAAUUUGGAAGUGACCUUUCUUUUUAUACCAUUUAUAUGAUUAUAGCUAAGGAAGGUUUAAUAUUGUUCUGUUUCUUACCAUGCAGGCUUGUUGAUGACAUGAGUCAAAAUCAGAACUUGUUUUUUUUUCCGUUAAUUUUUUCUUGAUAGUUACGAGUAUUUGGCUCUUCAUCGUUUUUCUCUUUUAUCAUAUUCUCAGAUGGACAUGUUUCUUACCAUGGAGCUAUUUUGGAUUUGCAACGUUGUUCUGUUUUGAUGUAGUUUGCGGCUAAAAUCUAGCUUCUUUUCAUAAUUGUACAGUAUUUUGGGUGUGAUAUCCUCAGUCCUCGCCCCCUUUCCUUCUUUCCAGACGACAUUUAUGUUGAAUUGUUGAACCUGCCGUACAUUCUCAACAGUAUUUAUUUAAAUUCAGAUUCUUAUGUUGUUUCCAUGGUCCAUCUUGGGAAGCUCCUUUUUCAGGUUUGAGAUACAUGAAUUUCAUUGUCCAGUAUUUUGGUGCUCCUGUUUUGGCUUGUGCGAAGUGGAACACUGUCGACAUACAGGAAUAUUGGGAAGUUCAGUUGACAGUCAGCUUUAGGUUUACGGUUCGGGAAGAGCUCAAAGCCUCAAACUUAGUGCUUAAAGCUAGACAUACAACUACUAGUCUCACACAAGGCUAUGGUCUGGUAGUUUAUGUUACUUGCACAUUGAUAAGCCAGCUGUAAAACAAUCUUCACAUUUCAUGCUGAGAGCGCACGUCUUUGAGAAGCCCCUGAUUCAGCUCUGUGCUAAAUCUGUAGCUGGGUUCAGUUUGCACCAUCCGAUUAGCAAGGAUAAAAAAAGGUGAAGACGGGCGAGCCAAAAAUAGACACUUGCAGUGAUUGGAAUCGACUCCGAACACCUUCCAAACACGGGCUAAAAGGAAGCAGAGUUAUUGUCGCUACACGAAAAGAUAUCAACAAACCUUUUAGAAGUAGGAACUUAAGCUACUGUUCACUACAAUAAUGACCUGAGUGGAAAAAGGUUGAUAUUUACUCUAGAUGAGGAAAAUUUACAUUUUUUUCACCUCUUUUCUUGCCAGCUUUUCUCCACUCCUCUACCUUUCCUCCUUUUGCAGACCCACAUGCUUCUCUCUCUCUCCUCUUUCCUCUCUUGCUCAAUACUCUUCAAAGGUAUGUCUCGGAGCUGCAAAUCUUAGUUCCAAUUUCGAUUUCAUAUGAAUCUUUGGAAAUUAGGUUAGAUGUAGUCUUUGCUAUGAAUGGAGAAUUGGAUUUUCAGUUUUCUCAUUGUUAAUCGAGAAUUAGAUCUGCAUAUUUCCAACUGUAAUUAAAAUCGUAGAAAUGGUGAUUCCCCUAUUUGAUGGCGGAAGGGUGAUUUGGUUGGUUGUGGCACUUUCGGCAGGGUUCUGAUUGCUUCAGGUGGUGCUUCCAGUUUAGAGGAAAGCUCAGCUUCGGAUGACGUUAACAAUGACGAAGAUAUAUUGGAUGGAAUCGACAUAGAAGGAGAAGGAUUCUCUUGGAAAUUUCAUUAUUUCCGGCACUCAUUACUUGGUGAAACUACUAAGAUGGCUACGAUUUGUAAAGUUGGAAAAGGUAUCAAUGAAAACAAAGCACACAUUGAUAAAUGGUGCGCUUGCACUAUUCCCCAUGUCCGCUCGCACAAAGGAGCACAUUGCACAAUGAAAUCUUGAACGGAGAACUUCAAAUGGACAUAACUUUCAAACCACAUAUCGGAUGAAGGUAAUUCCAGUUGGAGGUGAAAGCUCGUUUCGAUAUCUUUCCAACGACUGGUCAUAAGCUUGAUUUGAAUAUAAAAUGAAGAAGUUAUGCUCGUUUUAAGUUGAACUGUCCAGUUUGAGGCAGAAGGGUGAGGUGCGCCCUCACCUGAUUUUGGUGCGCCCGCACCUCUGUUUGGUGCGCCCGCACCUCAUCUUGGUGCGCCCGCACCAGUCGUUUUCGGAAAAUUGAGCUCGUGGCUUCAUUAAACGAGUUUUUGUUUUAUUUCGAAGACUUACGUUUUAUUCUAGUUUUUACAGAAUAUUUUAGGGUUUUGUAUUAGAGAGAAAACUUUAGUUUCCAUUGAUAAUUGAGAUUAGUGAUCAUAGUGUGAUUCGAUUGACAUUCGAGGCACUUUUCAUUCAAUUCAAUUCAAAGUUUUAGUUUUUAUUUCA